AUGGACUUCCAAGUACCCAGAAAUGAAUGCCAGAGCCUCAGGAUCGCACGCACCUCAAGAAUCUACUCCUCAUUCCUCUCAUGUUCGGGGGAGACAGGAAACGCCAAUCGGCAACCCGUGCGCACCCUGCCUCGCAGCCGGUGUGCCCUAGGGAGGGCGGUGUCAGUCUUGGACUCGUCCUCUCACGGGGCCCGUAUCGACAGGGGACACGAGGGUGGACGAGGUCGUGAGUCUCUUCGUCGUGCGCACCGUUAUCGUUCCGCAGCACAAUCAGGUCGCCAGGGUAAUCGAAUCCGGCUUGGAGCGACGAGACGUUGUUUCGAGAAGCACGAAGGAUCUUUGGCUCUUAGUUGCAACACAUCACAUUCAACGAAUGGCUCCCAAACGUUCUCGCCGCACCAUCUCUCGAAACCCCUAGGAGAUGCUGCGCUGGGGAUGGUGAAUUCUCGCUUCAAGUGA